AUGCUGCCUCCUCCUCGCUUCUGCAUCAUCAGCAGCACCCGUCUUCCGUUUCAAAUUCAUCCAAGGCCUCCCAUUUUCAGUUCGAUGAGCUCCAGCAAGUCGGAAACGGUGCCUCCGAUCUUGUCGCUGGCUCUUCCCUCCGAUACCGGUCGAGUUCUUAGUAUUCAGUCUCACACGGUGCAGGGAUAUGUUGGUAACAAAUCAGCUGUUUUCCCUCUCCAGCUAUUGGGCUAUGACGUGGAUCCUAUCAAUUCUGUACAAUUUUCAAACCACACAGGUUAUCCGAGCUUUAAAGGACAAGUUCUGAAUGGACAACAACUAUGGGAGUUAAUAGAAGGCCUUGAAGCAAAUAAUUUAUUAUUUUAUACUCACCUGCUAACAGGCUACAUAGGUUCAGUGUCAUUUCUGAACACCAUAUUGGAGGUUGUCAAGAAGCUUCGUACGAUUAACCCAAAGCUCACUUAUGUUUGUGAUCCAGUGAUGGGUGAUGAAGGAAAGCUGUAUGUUCCACCAGACCUGGUUGCAGUGUACCGUGAGAAGGUCGUUCCAGUGGCUUCCAUGUUGACUCCUAAUCAGUUUGAAGCUGAACAGUUAACUGGCUGCAGGAUUGUAUCCGAAAGUGAUGGCCGUGAGGCUUGCAACAAACUUCAUGCUGCUGGGCCUUCAAAGGUAGUGAUUACCAGUAUUAACAUUGGUGGUGGACUUCUUCUUAUCGGCAGUGAUAAAAGGGAAAAGGGCCAGUCACCUCAACAGUUCAGGAUUGCAAUACCCAAAAUUCCAGCUUAUUUUACGGGAACGGGGGAUUUAAUGACCGCACUUCUACUUGGAUGGAGCAAUAAAUAUCCUGACAACCUUGUCAAGGCUGCAGAGCUUGCAGUAUCAAGCUUGCAGGCUCUUCUGCAGAGGACACUGAGUGACUAUGACAAGGCAGGUUAUGAUCCAGCAGCAAGCAGUUUGGAGAUCAGAUUGAUUCAGAGUCAAGAUGACAUUCGCAACCCACAUGUUCAAUUCGAAGCCCAAAAAUACUCUUGA